UAAAACGCUUUUCAAUCGCAGCCGUGAGACCUUUUACCACAAGCGUUCAAAUGUAAUUGUUAAUUUACGCGUGAAGUUUCGUGAUGGAUGCAUUUUGUACUUGCCUUUCCACUUAUCAGCCUGCUGCUGAUAUACGAUGUUGUCUCAAGUCAGACCUGUCAGAACGCAAACUGGUGGGCUAGCCUGGACCGUAUAGGAUGGUCUGUGUGCCCAAAAAGUAAUACCUACCUCAAGGGGCUGUGGAGAAAUGAUUUCAGAUAUGGAGAUGAAAGAACUGGUCGAAUCGAAAUGGGAAAAUGCUGCCAGGCAAGUGUAGGAAGCAAACCAUUAGAGGAGCCAUCAAGUUGCUCAAAUGCAGACUGGUCGGCGGUGUUGAAAGGAAAGAAUGUGUGGGCGCUGUGUCCUGCUGGUUAUUACAUGAACGGCCUUCGAUUGGGAAAGGGACCACCUCAGUUCCUCAACGACAUUGUAGAAGGAAAAUGCUGCCAUCCCGAGAGCCAUUCCCGCGCCACCUACGAAGACUGUUAUGAUGAGAAUGUCCAGCUUUCGUUUGAUAAAAAGGGCUGGAGCGAGUGCAAAAAAGAGGGCUAUUACAUGACUGGUUUUUACAAAAGCAGCUGCAACUCCAUUUAUUGCAUCGAGACUUUCAGAUGCUGCAAAAUGAAGAAAGAAUGUAAAAAGGCAAAUUGGUGGAGCAGCCUGGACAGGCAAGGCUGGUCUGUGUGCCCCCAAACCAACACCUACCUCAAGGGAUUGUGGCGAAAUGAUUUUAAAGCAGGAGAUGAAAGAGUCGGACGAAUCGAACAGGGAACAUGCUGCUUUGCAGAUGAACCAUGUUAUGCCAAUAAGCCUGCAAAUUGUAAAAGUGUCGACUGGAGCAGAGUGCUGGAUGGGUGA